GCUAUCCACAGGUAACAACAACGUGAUAAAUCCAUUACGAAACAAACGACGAACAACUAAAUCCAACAUUGGAAACUUUCAUGACAGAAACUAUCAACGUUGCUAUCAAUUAAAUAAUCUCGCCUGCAGUGGCAUUCUGCCUGUUCGUUGGCCAGUUGGCCAAAGCCAAAGUAGCCAAAGCCACACCACACGACCAGCCAAAUGGCCGAACCGCCGAACUCUUGAACUCAGAGCAUUGGCGGGCAUUCAAUCGCUAAUGUGGUGUGUGGUCCAAAGCUGCUUGAAAUUUCUUUUUUGUUUCAGCCUGUUGUAGUUUUUAACCUACAGAUAUGCUGCAUAUUAAUGGUGGGGACGAUCAUACCAUGGAAAUAAUUUCGACAACCACAGUUCACAUGGAUAUCUUAAAAUCAAAGAAAAGUUCCCUCACGAACGAUAAAAUGACGGAGGAAGUAGUGAAUCUGCUCAGGAAAAGGGGAUAUCCUGAGGUUAUGAAGUCAUUCACAGGAACUUUCCUGGACGGACAGUUAGAAAAGGUGGUAGCAGAAUACGCUGGCGUGAGGAAGGCAGACUUAAAUUGUUCACAGUUCCUUCCACAUUAUUAUCACUUGAACGACGGCGGUGCAGAAACAGAAGAACUCGAAGAGGAUGGUCUGUCAGCUGCUAGUCAGUGGGUUUUACCAUCAACUGAUUUUGAUGGUCUCUGGGAAACGUUGGUGUAUGAUACAGGAAUAAAGGACCAGCUGUUACAAUAUGCAUCGACAGCGUUGAUGUUUGCGGAGCAAUGCGUUGACCCAAACAUAAUAUCUUGGAAUAAGGUGGUCCUCCUUCACGGUCCCCCAGGAACAGGGAAAACAUCAUUAUGCAAGGCACUUGCACAGAAACUAUCCAUUCGUCUUGGUCACCGUUUUCAUUAUGGGCAACUGAUUGAAAUCAACAGCCACAGCCUUUUCUCCAAGUGGUUCUCAGAGAGUGGAAAGCUGGUAACUAAGAUGUUUCAGAAGAUUCAGGAGUUCAUUGAUGAUCCUGAUGCUUUGGUGUUUGUUCUUAUUGAUGAGGUAGAAAGCUUAGCACAUUCCCGUAAAGCUGCUCUUGGCGGCAGCGAACCUUCAGAUGCCAUCAGAGUUGUAAAUGCUCUUCUCACACAGAUUGACUCUAUCAAGAGGUUUUCCAAUGUGCUGGUGCUGGCAACAUCCAAUGUGACAGGAUCGAUAGACAUGGCUUUCGUUGACAGAGCGGACAUCCGUCAGUACAUUGGAUACCCCUCACAGAAUGCAGUGGCUCAGAUUCUGAAGUCGUGCUUACAGGAGUUAAUAAAGACAAAUAUUAUCAGAGGAGACACAAAUUUUUUGGAAGAUUAUUCUGAAGGCAAUAGACAAAGGAACAUAUUCCAAUCAUUGUGCACAAGAUGCAUUGGACUGAGCGGACGAACCUUGCGAAAGUUACCCCUCAUAGCACAUGCUAUGUUUGCCACGGAUGCGUGCAUGACCGUUGAAGCUUUUAUCGUGGCUCUGUCAAGAGCUGUGGAACGGCAGCAUCAGGAACGGGAAGAUGUAGCAUCUGCGAGUCAAUAACUCAUUAGGCUGAUGUACUUAAAUGUAUUCGAAAUAUCAUGAAUUAAAGGCAAUUAGUCCAAGUUG